UUUCCCCUCAUCAGGACGUCCGUUCUCCUCAUCGUCAGCCUCCUCCUCGCUGGAGAAGCUGUUACCAUGGCAACACCAGAGCGGAGCAUCACCUGCCGGCAGGAGAUUCCCUCUCAGCUGAUCCGGGAGCUGUGGACCAGGACCAAUCAGCUGAUCGAUUCACUGCCGGUAAAAUCAAUAACUCUGAUUCUAUAAGUGAUAACCUCAUGAUGUAAAGAAGGAAAUCAAUUAACACUCCUGAUAAAUAAUAUAUAUAAUCAAUACUUAAUAAAGACAGAUGAUUGAUGAGUUUCUCCAUCAGUUUCUAAAUUAAAGAUUAAGGGAAAUAAUGAAAAAAAAUGUGUUAAAAGUAAAACUCAUUGAAUCAUCAAUACAUCUGAUAACUUAAAGAAAAAACAGCUAAAAGUCAACUAAAGAUCAAUAAUCACUCCUGUCAAUCAAAAUCAAAUUAUAUAAUAAGUUUAAUUUGCAUUAAGUCAGUUUGUCACCCUGCUGUAAAUUCAGUACUUGAUUGUGAUUGGUCAAAAUUUCUUAUCAAUGUCGGCAAUCUGAUCACAAAUCAGAUCAAUCUGUUGAAAGGAGUUCUGGCUCAUUUCACCUCUGCCUGUUAACACUGUGGUACAAACGUCAGUGUGAGAAAGAAGUUGCUCCAACAAUGCAUCAAAUAUUUCACGCAAAAACAUUUGAACGAACAUCAAAAUAUUUUACAUGAUGAAAAAAUGUUACGAUUAUGAAAUGUUUGAAAUAUUUCGGCAUGUUGUGGAACCCUCUUCCGUUUGAACAAAAUUACAAUUAUUAAAUGAUUACAAUUAAAAUUACAUUUAUUUUACUGAUUAUUUUAUUUAUUGUGUUCACACUAAACACACAAAAAAUAUUAACUCACUUAAUUUGUAAAGUGUAAAGUAUUCGAAUACCUGUGUGUUGUCUUUUUACUUGCUUAGACUUGAGCCAUUCCCAAGGCUAUCCCCAUAUUUCAUGACACAUUUCUAAAAGUAAGAUGUUUUUGACUUUCUGAAAUAUUUCUGCGAACUUUUUUUUAUUUUGAAAAAUGUUUUUGUGUUUCAUUAAAUAUAAAACUUUUUCAGCAUGCUUAUUCAUGCAGUCAAAUGUUUUUAAUGGUGUUCAGUUAAACUCUUUUUCCGUUUAUAAAAUGUCAGCGCAGCGGACCUUCAGGGCCACCUAACGAUGAGCUAUCAGCGAAGAAACGAAGAAGAGGGAAGAGAAAACAGCAUAGAAACUAGUGAGGGAUUCAUCAAAGUGAAGAAAACAGACAUAACAACCACACCAGAAUUUUAUCAGGUCUUUUUAUCAAUACAUUUUCAAGCAAGUGGGCCGAUGACAACAAGCCAUUCCUUUGAAAACAUGACCAACCCUACAAUCUGAGGGCUGAUUUAACCUUUUUGGUUGCCUAAAUGGAUCAUUUACAAGCCCAAAAUAGGAAACAAAUGGUAUAAUUUGGUGAGCAGGUGGUUAAUGCAGAUGAUAAUGGUGACAGGGUGAACAGGACUCUGAUCCAAAGUGGAGGGUUUUUGCUCACCCUGACAUAAGACACUUUUAUUUUAAGCUUUGUCCUGAUAUGUUUAUACUUAAGUUAUGUUCAAUUCUUAUUCAUGUAUUUAUAAAUCAAUAUAUAAAUGUAUUAAUUUAAAAUUUUAAAAAAUUGCAUAUGGGGUUCUCCAAGGCUCAAUCCUGCGGCAUCUUCUGUUUAACAUAUACGCUCCCACUGGCUCAUAUGAUAGAAAACAACAAAGUUAUGGUAACUAGGUAGACGACACAGAAUUAUACAUAACCAGGUGAUCAUGGAUCCAUACUGAGGAAUUGUCUUGAACAAAUCAACCAACCGAGCCGUAAACCUGGGUGUAGAAAUGGACUCAGACCUGAAUUUUAAAAACCACAUGAAGGCGAUUACUUAGUCACCCUACUGUUACCUGAAGCUUAUCUGGAAUUAAAGAACUUGUGUUUCAGCAGGAACUGGAAAAACCUGCCUUGCCUUGCAGAUAUUGUUAUUAAGAUGUAAAAUUUUCAUGCUAAGCGACUCGUUGACUUUUCAUACUCCUCUGAUACACUAUCUUGUUUUUAUCUGCAGAAAGAAGAACACUUUUCCAGACGACUGCUUCCAAGGUUCUGCACGAAAUGUCCUGAGGUGAGUCAACCUUCAUAUGAACCACCAGUAAAAAGCGUGUUCUAACUUUAGUUAAAAUCAUUCAUUUUUAAAUGGGAUUUGGUGCUUGAGAGCAGAAGUGAGAGUUAAUCUUUCACUGCGGUGUUUCGCUUCAAGCCAUACCUGUGCCCGCUUGGUUUACCUCAACCACAACCACAUGGUUCACUUCACCAACUCCAGACCAAAGCUGUGAAUAUAAACAACCAGAAUUACCCAAAUAUGAAAAAACACACAAGGGCAUUUUCACACCAUUUUAUCUGGGCUUAUUUUCAGUAUUUUUUUAACAGCGAUCCUCAGUUAACAAACACAUCAGAGAUGACACACCUGUCCAGUGAAGUGUUUAAUGUGGAUUUCACAGAGGAAGUAUUUUACCUUUGAACUUCCUCAACAGGAUUUCUUGCGAAUUAUUUUUACCCCACAGAGUGUAUGAUUAAUGCAGGAAAAACAGACAAAAAAAAGAUGAUGCAAACUGAGAAAGCCCUCGUUCAAGAGAAAGACCAAACUGCUGUUAUCAUCAGCUCAUGCAGUUAUUUCCACUUGUUUUGAUGUUAAAAACCCACAAAUGUUAAAUAUUUUUAUGUUUAGUCCUUUCUAAAUUUAUACAACUCUAAAAAGGAUAGGAAUGGAUGAGUGUUUCGCUUUAUUUUAUAUAGAUGUUGGUUACAACUGAGGCGAAACCAAAAGUAUGCUGUCAUGUUUAAAAAGUAAUGUAAAGUUUUAAGACUUUUGUUUGUGAUUGUUGAAAAUAUGCUUUAUUUCAACAUUUAAAAAUGGAUAAGGAAAAAGUGUUGACUCAUUGAGUUUUGAUACUGUUUUAUCUGAUUGAUUCACACAAAUGUAAGUUUUUUUUAGUACCUUAAUAAUUUCCUAUUUCCACUGGGAAAAGUCCUGAAACUGUACCUCUGUUGCUUGACUCGAACUCAGCUGGCCAGAAUCGCUCUAUUUCACAUGGGUUACUGAUACAUUGGAUUAGGGGGCCAUAACAAGCCCCUAAAUAUGCAUAGAUGUGCUCUUGAAUAUUAAAUAAAAAAGUCAUUUGUUGUACAGCUGUUAAAAAAAAAAACAAGAUCUAAACAUUAAAGUAAUUAUGAAUUACUGUAGGUUUUUCUCUGGGCUGUAAACAUUAUUAUUCUGUGAUAAAUCUGGGCCUUUUUAUCUUGGACCUAAUAGUUACUGACUCACCCUUGGGGCCAGCCUCAAGAGGGUACUCUCGGAACCGCAUUCAGCUCAAUUUUUCAGCCUGUUUUAUGAUAAAUAUGGAGAAGCCUGCUUUAGUCUACCAAGCAUUUCAAACGACAGAGAACACUCAUGAUACAGAUGUUGUGAUUGUCGUUGUCUCUGGCAUAUAUUAACUCCCUGUGCAAUCAUGUACUGAGAAAUGAGCUGUAGAAAUACCAGGUGUACAACCAGCUUAAUCCUGCUGUAAAGUUUGGCAUUUUAAUAUGGUGUCAAAUGAUGGCUGACUCUCUUUGGAACCAGCCUCUAGUGGACAUUUGAGGAAUUACAGUUAGCUUUACCUUUCAACCCCAAAAACUGCUGUUCGUAACCAUGCUUUCUCCUCUUUUAGCGUGCAAUUGGCUGGCUGGAGAUGCGAGAGUUGAUUGACGUCUAUCAGAGGAGUGUGUUCAGCAGAAAGGUUGUUCAGAGGCUCCUCCCCUUCCACUAUAACGAGCUCCUGCACCGCCUGCAGUACACACUCAAGUACUGUGUAAGUACUCAGGGAUAAGCUUAAUUAUACUAAUGCAACCAACCUCACUAAUGAUAUAUUGAAGGUGUUGUUAUCAUGCCUGAUCUUUUUUUUUCUGUGAUCUGUGUUCAGGUUUCGUCCUCAGAACCUUCAAAAUGGUUCGGAAAAAUCAAGAAACUGGAGAGAAAAAUUAAAAAGGUAAAAACUUACAGGUUAUACAAAUGCUGUUGUUGAAACAUUACUCACUUUUAUCAUGAAUAUUGAUCAUAUACAUACAGUGACCAUGUUCCUUUUAAAUUAUGAUAAUAAUAAUUACAACUUUUUUUAUAUAGUACCUUCAAACACAGAUGUUUUCAAAGUGCUUCAAGGUGGGAAGCGUAAAUCGCUGAAUAACCUUAAAAAACUGAUUUUUUUUUUUAAGUUCUAUACAUUUUUUAUUUUUUGUAAAGGCAAGUCAGGCCAAAUUUUCAAAGAGACAUGUUUUAUAAGCUGCUGAAAGGCGACGGUAAAGUUAAUAUUAGCAAUUUAUAGCAAUAUGAGCUAUUGUAAACAGUUAGUAUGAGAGGGGUCAUCAGGAAAAAGCUAAUACUAGCUUAACCCCUUGCCUGCUGAUGUUACUUUAACUUGAGAAAAUCAUACCUUAAUUAUACCUUAAAUGUAUGUCAUGGAGCAUAUCUAAGCUAAUCACUUUAACUUCCUCCAAACUAAUGGUAACAUUAGCUUUUAAGCAGCAGAAUGCUAAUAUUAGCUGUUGCCUAAUAGUUGCCCCUAGCACAGCUAAAACCACAACUUGAACCAGGAGUUACUAAAAGUACCAUUACUACUACUUCCAGUGCUUGCAAUGAAGGCCCAGUAUAAUGUUAUUUUAACUGUUAACAUGUCCUACUUGUCAGAUCUGAAACGUAGCGUCAGUGGGGGAUCUGCAGCCUCUCAGUUUCUAGAUACGUAAUCCAUGCAGUGAUUUGAGUGGGUCAUGAUUUAGUGUUAAUGAGGUGCUACACUGAUUGGCUUCUUGACUGACAGAUGCAGAGGUGGAAAAACACCCAAACAAACUUGGCGAGUGCUCCAAGAGAGCCUAGGUCAGUUCAAGGGUAAACCAUAAAUAUUACCACAACUUGGUGAUACAUCCUGAUGGCAUGUGUGUUGUUGCUGGGUCAAGAGGUGAAAGUAAAAAGACAAAUUUUUAAGGCAGUCACAGAAAAAUCCAACUUUGUGCUGACCCUUGUUGUUGAAGCACUCUGAGGUAAAAAGGUUGAUGCAGGAAGACAAAUCUACACUAAAGCGCCCGUUCAUAAAAGAAAAAAGCGACCACUGUUUUCUUUGGUUCUUUGGUGCUGGGACAGACCAUGGACAUUUAAAGUGGUUUUGGUAGCAGAACAGUCUGUUGGCAUAUCUGGCCCUACUCUUAAAAAUCUUGACCCUGCAACACUGAAGCAUUUUUUAAUUUAAGAAGACUUCCGUACAACUACAUUACUACCAUAACUUCUACUUAUACUUCUGAGAUGCAAUUAAAAGAGCUAGUUCUAUUAUUCUUAUAGAUAAUUGACAUGUAUUACAAGUGUUACUGCCUCUGGAACAACUAGUACAACUUUUUCAAUAACCAACACUUUACUGACUUAUUGAAAUAAUAUUACCAUUCUCUCUGCAGCUAGUUUGUGUAUUCAGUUAUUAUUAUUGCCCGCGAAUUCAAUUGUAAUGGUAAAACUUGUGUGUCUGCAGAGGAGGAGAGACAACGGAGCGCUGAAGGCCGUCAGUGAGUUCACCUACGUCCUCAGGUGGAUCGAUGAGCUGGCGCACCACCACAUCUAUAGAUCAUUUAAAUCAGUGAAUCAGUGAUCAUUUAAAUCAACCCAAAAGUGGGAUGCAGACGUGUUUUCAGUGGGCUGUAGGCAAAAAAAGGAAAGAAGAUAAAUCAUGUGCUUUUAUUUUGAAGGGCACUGUUCAGGCACCGGACCGUCUAUUCUUUCUCCAUCACAGCAGGUGGCGAUGAUACCAAGUAAUGCUGAUUUACACUCGCAAUUUCACGUCAUAGAAGAAGUUUGUUUUCAUAAAAUAAUCGAGCAUGGCGAAACACAAAUACCAUGGUGACGACAUGAGAUAUAGGAGCACAAAAACCUACUUAUUGAAUAUUAGUAAAAAAAGGGCUGUUCAGUGUUGCUAUGUUCUUGAAACAUGGUGUCUUUAAGAUGACACCAUGAUUUUACUUCAAAUGCAGCCAAUUAAGUGUAAAAGGAAAUAUUUCCCUCUUUAUUGUCGCCAUCUGCUGGUCAAUGAUUAAAUUUUUUGUUUUAGUAUGAUGUGACAGUCAUCACAUUUUUUCUUCAGUUUGGAUCGCAGCUUGUCGUUAAGGACAAUUUUUGCUUGAAAAUGUUGCUUUUAUUUGACCCAUAAUAAUAUAAAAUUGGAUCUUUUACAUUUUUCAGUAAUGUGUUUCUUUUUGGUAUUUUUUAAAGAAGUCUCUGCAGUACAAUUUAAUUUCCACACAUUUAAGGACCAAAAAUCACUUGAAACUGAGCAGAAAACAACUGAGAACUGUAAAAUAUAAAUCAACAUCAUUCUCAGAUGUUUGCCUUGGUACUUAAAAGCCUUGACUUUUUUUGAAUGCAUUGUUCAGUAUUAUGAAUGUUGCUUUAUUUACAAAAUAAGUUAUUUGUCAGAAAAUAUUUAUUGUACUUGAGUAUUAUCUGAUGAUUCCAGAGU